CACGCUACCCGCAACAGCAGCAACAACAGCUCCUACCGCGCGCGAGAGGCAGUCAUGCCAAGCAGCAGCCUCCUGGGAAGCCGCCGGCCGGCCGGGGUCACUGGCACCCAUCGGGGUCAGUGCGCUUGGGCGGCCUGGACGGUGCUACUCCUCAUGGUCUCUGCAGCCGCAAAGGCGGCCCCGACCACGCCGGAGCCUACCUCUACGGACAAUGUGAACGUGACGGCAGUGGCGACUCCAGUGGCGACAGCCGAAGUCAACAGCACAGGCGGCAGCGGUGGAGGAAGCGAGACGGGAUUCUCAUGCGAGGGCCGCAUUUUCGGCUACUACGGGGAUCCGGGCAACUGCUCACUUUUCCACUACUGCGAGCCAUUCGCUGACCCUGAGAACAACCAGUUCGUGCUGCACGCGGCCUACCUGUGCCCCAACGACACUGUGUUCAACCAGCUGAGCCUGACAUGUGCCUACGCUCACGAAGCGCUGCCAUGUCGCCGCGCGCCCGAAUACUACUACAUCAACUCGCACGUUGUACCCGCCGACAGCAGCCAGGACGGCACGCAGGACUCGACGACUGACUUGGGCAACAGUUCGACUGCAGCACCCGACGUGACGACGACGACAACGACGACGGGGGCGCCUCCUGCGGAACAGGCGGCCACCUCGUAGAAGAGCGCAGCGCACCGGGGUGGCAGUGCGGGGCCGCCGCCUCGGCUGUACAUACCCUCCGCCGCAAUUUUUCCCCUACUUUUGUACCACUCCACUUCGUUCCUGCACCGACAGAUGGCGCUGCCAAGGCUGCCUGUACCCAUCCAACGUCUCCGCAUGGAAGCCCGGCGGCCGGCGUUCAACACUCCGUUGUACGGCGCUGCCCUGUGACAUGAAGCAUUAAUAAACCAAAACAUUUCAGCCACCAUA